UCCAUCUCUCUCUCUCUCUCUCUCUCUCUCUCUCUACAUCUUCAACUCUUCUUCCUUUUCUCUGUACUCCAUCCAGUUUCUUUAACUUCUAUUUGGCCUAGGUUCCGAAUUCCUGUUGGUCUCUCACUUCUUUAAUAAUCCCACCAAAUAAUCGCUCCCUUUUACGUUGUUUUUAUUUGAUCUCCAUAGUUAUCAUACUUUAUCCAUUUUAAUUUAUACUUUCUUUGUUUUUCUGUUUCAUCUUUUGUUGUUCUUGUGGAUGGCUGGAUUAGACAUAGGUUCUGCUUCUCGCUUCGUUCAGCAGCUCCAGAGGCCCGACCUCCAUCUCCAACACCAGCCAGAUUCUGACGAUGACAACAACAACCACAACCUGUUCUCCGGCAACGACGACCAAGGCCUCGAGCUGGCAACCUCCAACCCCGGCCGCCGUCCGAGGGGCCGGCCACCGGGGUCCAAGAAUAAGCCCAAGCCGCCGGUGAUCAUCACCCGGGAAAGUGCCAAUACGCUUCGAGCUCACAUAUUGGAGGUUAGUAGCGGCUGCGAUGUGUUUGAAUCGGUGGCGAUGUACGCUCGGAAGCGGCAGCGAGGGAUUUGUGUUUUGAGUGGAAACGGGACGGUCACCAACGUCACGCUGCGGCAGCCCGCCGCGGCCGGGGCGAUUGUGACGCUGCACGGGCGGUUCGAGAUUCUGUCCCUGUCGGGGUCAUUCCUGCCGCCUCCGGCGCCGCCUGGAGCCACCAGCCUGACAAUAUACUUGGCCGGCGGACAAGGCCAGGUCGUUGGAGGGAAUGUUGUUGGUGCUUUGAUUGCGUCGGGACCGGUUAUAGUCAUUGCAGCUUCGUUUACUAACGUGGCCUAUGAAAGGCUGCCUUUGGAUGAAGAUGAGCAGCUUCAGAUUCAGCAGCCGGUUUCCGAUGGCGGUGACGGUGACGGUGGCGGCGGAGGCGUCAGCAACCCAUUUCCGGACCCAUCUUCGGGGCUUCCGUUUUUCAAUCUGCCACUGAAUAUGCCGAACUCUCAGUUACCUUUUUAGGGCACAAAGGUGAGAUUGUUCUUAGAUCAUCUCUCUCUCUCUCUCUCUCUCUCUCUCUUGUACAAUCAGUUUCUUUAUCAAUUCUUCUCUUGAUCUUGGGUUUCGUUUCUUUUCUUGAUUUGUGAAAACCUUCUUGUUGUUCCUCUUUGUCGAACUAACGAUUUUUGUUAACUAAUAAUGGUUUGAGGUUAUA